AAAAAAUCGCCAUCAACAUGGCGGCCGGCAACAACCCGCGGAAAUUCAGCGAGAAGAUCGCCCUCCACAACCAGAAACAGGCGGAGGAGACGGCGGCCUUCGAGGAGGUGAUGAUGGAGCUCAAUAACUCGCGGUUACAGGCUCAGAAGGUACAUCAACUCCGCCUCUCUCACACUCGAGGGCCUUACUAUGGUGGGUCGCUGCCUAAUGUCAACGCCAUCUCGAACAACACCACUGAGUUCCAGAGUCCCUUUAACUCAGCGCUGGAUUCCAGUCGUGGGACCCGCCAUCACGGAUUGGUGGAAAGGGUACAGAGGGCGAGGCUGAUGUCCCCUCACAGACGACAGGUCGACAGCUCCCCAUACAGCUCUGCGUACCUGUCACCUCCCCCAGACACCAGCUGGAGAAGGAACGCCCCACCUUGGUGCAACUUCCCAAUGGAGAAAGGACAUCGAUUUGGAUUAAGCUCGACCCUGAACAGAACCAACUCUGACUCUGCCCUGCACACGAGCGUCAAUAAUCCGAAUGCAGCCAGUUCAUUCGCCAGCCCAGGCAAGGCUGUGCUGAGCCAGACCAAGAGAAGCGCAGCUUUAGUGGAUGGUGAGUUGGCCGGCCUGGGAAAAGGUUUCCCAUUCUCUGUUCCGCCACAGGAUAAUCUCCAAGAUGAUGAUAAACCACUGCCCAAAGCUCUGUGGGAUACAAGGAAGGUACAGAGUGUGACGUCACGGCCCAAAUCCUGUGAGGUGCCUGGCAUCAACAAAGCCCACCCGCUGUUCUCUGAGUAUGGAGCAGCACUGCCUUCGGAAGGCAUGGAGGAGUCCAUGACCUGGUCACCACCCGCCCAGCAAAAGGACGACCUGUGGAGGCGAGCGACCAGGAAGGGCAUCUUCCCAUCACCUGACCAAACGAGCAGCAUAUCUCACGUUCCCAGUGCACUGAACACGGGUGGAUCUCUCCCGGAUCUAACAAAUCUCCACUUCCCAUCUCCGCUCCCCACGCCACUCGAUCCCGAGGAGUCUGUCUUCUCGAGCAUCAGCGGAGGAAACAGUACAGGCAACCUCACCACAACCAUGACCCACCUGGGAAUUGGAGGCUCCCUGGGGAUGACAUCCGGCUAUGAAUCAGCGGUGGGGCUGUCCUCUUCAUUGCAAGGAUCCCUGAGUAACAUGUCCCUGCAGUCCUCGCUCAGCAACCCUUCGCUGCAGUCAUCACUGAGCACCCAGUCCCUUAGCAACUCCUCUCUGCAGUCUUCACUCAGCAACCCCUCCCUCCAAUCCUCACUCAGCAGUUCCUCCCUUCGCACAUCGCUUAGCAAUCCAUCAUUACAGUCAUCGCCUAGCAACCCUUCACUGCAGCCUUCCGUGAACAGCGCCUCGAAACAGUCUCCGCUGAGCGCCUCGUCGCUGCACUCUUCACUGAGCAGCUCACUGCCGCCUGGCUCCAUCUGCACAUCCCCUCGGAGGAGGGUCCCACUCAAUCCACUUAUCCUGUCCAGCAGCGACUCCAGGAGGCCCCACAGCAAGCAGUUCUCUCCCACAAUGUCUCCCACCCUCUCCUCGAUCACACAGGGUAUUCCUUUAGACACCAGUAAUCUUUCAAUGGACCAGCGAUUGCCCCCAUACCCCUUCUGUCAGCAGCAAUCCCAACAACAGCAAGCUUACCCACAGUCCCAGCAACAAGCUUACCAGCAAUCCCAGCAGCAGGCCUUCCAGCAGUCUCAACAAUCCCAGCAGCAAGGCUACCAGCAGUCCCAGCAACAAGGCUACCAGCAGUCCCAGCAACAAGGCUACCAGCAAUCCCAGCAACAGACCUACCAGCAGUCUCAACAAUCCCAGCAGCAAGGCUACCAGCAGUCCCAGCCAUCCCAGCAGCAAGGCUACCAACAGUCCCAGCCAUCCCAGCAGCAAGGCUACCAACAGUCCCAGCCAUCCCAGCAGCAAGGCUACCAACAGUCCCAGCAGCAAGGCUACCAACAGUCCCAGCAGCAAUGCUACCAACAGUCCCAGCAGCAAGGUUACCAGCAGUCCCAGGCCUCCCAGCAGCAAGGCUACCAUCACCAGCAGCAAGGCUACCAGCAGCCUCAGAAAAAUACCCUCCCCCAGCAGCAGCAUCCGCCACCAUCAUCACCCUGUGUGCAAUCAGACACCAACCCUCUCAGUCAAACCUCACUACUCAAAAACCUGUUUGGAGAUUCUUUUUUUGAGCAGCAGUUGUCAAGCCGGCAGAUGAGUGACCUGUCUCACCAGCUCGAGCAGUGCAACUCGCAGACUUUAGCUGGUAAUCUACCACUCAACAGCAACAUAUUCUGUGGAGACACCGGGAACAGCGGUUUCUCACAGGCCGGCACGAUGGGUCCAAUGGACAGCAGCGAUAGUCUCCAGGAUCCUCAGCUUCUCAACAAGCAGAACGUGUAUUAUUCCAAUCGAAUGGGAACAAUUCCCAAUAUCAUCCUCACAGGCGACUCUCCUCCUGGCUUUUCGAAGGAAAUCACCAGCGCUCUGGCUGGUGUCCCGGGCUUCGAGGUGGAUUCUCAAUACCCAUUGGACGAUGAGCUCAAGAUCGAGCCCCUGACUCUGGAUGGACUGAGCAUGCUCAGCGACCCUAACCUGACCCUCUUGUCUGACCCCGCGGUGGAGGAUUCAUUCCGUCUCUAAUGGCUAGCGUUGGGAGAGAGAGAUGGGAGAGGGUGUGUGGGGAGGAGCCCUCCUUGCCCUUCCCACACCCCCCACUAACCCCACACCCCCCCCCCAACUCCCCCAACCUACCAACCCCAAUGCCCGCAGUGAUCAAAACAAUGAAUGAAUGGAAUGGUUGUGGGCAAAGACACUGUGAGCCAAGUGGACUGAAGUAUCAGGACUGUUGAGAGCAAGAGGCUGUGGCGCUAGGUGUUUGAUGAUUGUUAUGUCACUGUGUGCAGACUGCUCCCAGUCUCUCACUGUGCAGUGAGCUGGCUGACCCCCAGGGUGCCUAUCGCUGAUCUCUGUUACUAAUGAGGAGGGCUCUAGGGGGAAGAGAUAGAGACACACAAGAAGUGUAAAUACUGUGUAUUAUUAAGCUUAUGGUCUGUAGAAUUGAACUGACCGCCUAACCUUGAAACAGUAGAGAGAGUCCCUAGGGCGUUUUAGUUCCUUUUUAAAAAGAAGAUAUUUGUGAAUAAUUUACCUAUUUUACGAAAAGAAGAAAUAUAUUCAAUGUUUUAAGCAAAACAAAAAGCGCUUGUGGGGGUCGGUUUGG